AUGGACAAAGCAGGAAAGAAGUCGUGUUGGACCAAGAAAGGUUACUUGAACUAUAGUGCAGUCUACACAUGUUACACCAAACUGUCGUGCAAAGAAGGAGAAAGCGGUCCAUCCCACGAGUCCAUGCAGGCUGUUUUUGACCUACAAGCGUUCCGGCCAGUGGUCAACCUCAGCAACCCCACAGUUACUAACAUCUCCUUCACACUUUAUGCUGUACUCGGGGUGAAUGAGAAGACACAGAUACUGACAACAUUCCUGUGGCUUAGAUUGUACUGGCAUCAUGAGUUUCUAGUUUGGGAUCCCUCCAAGUGCGAUGGUGUCUCCAGAAUUUCUCUUCCAGUUAAGAAACUCUGGUCACCAGAUAUCAUCGUCUAUGAGUUUGUGGAUGAUGACGUCUCCCAAGCUUGUCCAUAUGUCUACGUCAACCACACAGGUCACAUUCGUUGGGACAGAAUGCUGCGUCUCGUCUCAGCCUGCAACCUGGAGAUCUUCAGUUUUCCUUUCGACGUGCAGAAUUGCACUUUUACCUUUGGUUCCUACAUGCACACCAUACGUGACGUGAGGGUGAGCCCAGCACUCACGUUCAAAGAGAUGUCUGGUAACUCAAAGCGUUACCUGGAAGCCAGUGGAGAAUGGGAACUAGUGGACAUAUUAGGGGAGACAUCCAUCCUGCAGUUCGGGAUAGACGAAUGGGACAUCAUUACUUUUUGGGUGGUGAUAAAGCGGCGCCCAGUGCUCUAUGUGGUCAACUUGCUCAUCCCGAGCUCCUUCCUCAUGCUUAUCGACAUCCUUUCAUUUUACCUGCCCCCCCACAGCGUGGACCGGGCCUCCUUCAAGAUGACCCUGAUCCUGGGCUACACUGUUUUCCUGCUUAUCAUGAACGACCUGCUGCCAAGUACUGCAAAUGGAACACCCAUUAUAGGUAUCUACUUCUCAGUUUGCCUUGCCCUCAUGGUGAUCAGUUUGCUGGAAACGGUCAUUAUUACAAACGUUCUUCAUAACAACUCCAUGAAGCACCAUGAAGUCCCACACUGGGUAAGGGUGUUGGUCCUGAAACACAUUGCCAACCUCAUCUGCUACCGUUGGCAAGAAGACCCGCAGCCUUCCUCUGGCAAUGGGGAGAAAACUUCAGAAGCUCCAAGUCCAAUUAACCCUUCAGACAGUGGGACAUCGGCCGAAAACCCAAUUAGCAAUGAGGGCACUGCGGCAAUGGCCGAGCUCCAGCAGAUCUGUCAGCACCUGAGUGAGCUCCGUGCUCACCUGAGUUCCAUGCGGAAGGAGAAUGCUCAACAGGAACAAUGGUGUCACGUAGGCUAUGUCCUGGACUUCCUGCUCUUCCGCAUCUAUCUGCUGCUCAUCUCCUGCUACGCUCUGGUCAUCAUCUCCAUGUGGUGCAUCUGGAUCAGCCCAACUUAG